AUGCCAGGGGCGAGUGUUGGGCGAGACGCUGGCGCCGUGGAGCUUCCGCGCCGUGUGCUCACGCGUGCGCAGCUCGCUGAGCGUAUUGCCAAUGGCGAGGUGCUUGUCGUGCACCGCCGCCUUGUCUACAAACUGGACCACUGGAUCCAUGUGCAUCCCGGUGGUGACACGGCGAUUCUGCACUUUGUGGGGCGUGACGCGAAGGACGAGAUCGAGGUAUACCACAGCGACGAGACGAUCCGCAUGAUGCGCCGCUUUGCGAUUGCACAGCUGGCGGAGGAGGACGCGACGGAUCUCGCACGGGGGCGUGUGUUCCGCCCCCUCAUGCCGCCCAUCCAGCUCGGCUACCGCAAUGGCGUGCUGGACCACCCGCACGCGCAGCUGGCGGCGUGGGAGGCGUGUGCGGCAGCUGCGAACAAGCCGGUGGAUGCACGUGUGCGCGCAUUCCCCCUGCCUGUCGACAUGCUCGAGCCGCCGCCCACGGGCGUCCGGCUCGAGGAGCAGCCGCGUCUCUCGGCCGCGUUUGAAAAAAUGCAUGCGCAGCUCCGCGCGGAUGGUCUGUACAAGCUGCAUCCGCGCCACUAUAUGCGUGAGCUGGCGCGGUACUGCGCGUUUGCUCUCGGCGCGUACGCUUUGUACCGCGCUGGGCAGCACACGACAGGCGCACUCUCCGUCCUGGCGUACCUGCUGAGCGCCGUGUCGUUGGGCGCGAUGUGGCACCAGGUCGCAUUCUUCGCGCACGACGCGGGCCACACGGGCAUUACGCACAUUCACUGGGUCGACAAGCUGAUGGGUAUAAUCGUUGCCUCGUUCGUGGGCGGUCUGUCGCUGCUGUGGUGGUGCGACAACCACGAUGUGCACCACCUGGUGACGAACCACCCCGAGCACGAUCCGGACAUUCAGCACAUGCCCAUCUUUGCCAUAAGCCCGCGGUUCCUGCCGCGCAAGGCGCGGCCGGGGAAGAACGAGCCGCAGGGGCUGUGGUCGUCGUACUACCGCCGCGUGAUGCCGUUUGACGCUGCUGCGCGCUUCUUCCUGCGGCACCAGCACAAGCUGUACUUUGCGAUCAUGGCCGUUGCGCGUUUCAACCUGUAUGCGCUAUCGUACUCGUUCCUCCUGCUGCGUGCGCGCCGCGACCGCUGGCUCGCGCUGGAGGUGACCGGUCUCGUCGUGUUUUGGUACACGUUUGUGCAUGCGGUGCUCGCGCCACUGCCGUCGUGGCCCCUGCGCCUCGCGUACCUGCUCGUGUCGCACGUGGUGACGAGCCCCCUGCAUGUACAGAUUGUGCUCUCCCACUUUGCGCAGGACACCACGGAUCUCGGCCCCGCGGAGUGCUUUGCUGCGCGGCAGAUCCGCACGACGAUGGACGUCCAAUGCCCGCCGUCGCUCGACUUUGUGCACGGCGGCCUCCAUAUGCAAGUCGCCCACCACCUCUUUCCACGCCUGCCGCGGCACAACCUGCGCGAGGCGCGCGACCGGUACGUGGUGCCGUUCUGCGCGGAGCACGGGCUCGUAUACGACGAGAUGCGCUUCGUCCCCGGCAACGGCAAGCCAACCAGGUGCGUGUGCUCUGCUGCGUAG